CACCAGCCUCAACCUCCACCCUCCACUCGCUCACUCGCUCACUCUCUCACUCCUUGCCGUCGCCGUCGCCGCUGCGGUCUCUGAUCGCCCCUGUUCGCCCCUGUUCGCCUAUGCUCCCAGCUGUUCUCUUCUUCUCGUCGCUUCUGUUUCUGCUCGUGCUUCUCUGUCGCAGCUGAGUGAAGACACUUCCACAGCCAUGGAGAAGAAGAAGCAGCAGCAGCAGCAGCAAAAUGAGAAGAAAGGGGAACCCAAGAAGGUGAAGGUUUUGAACACGAGCUCAUUCCAAAUAAACGAAGAAGAUGCGUCUCGCUUGGUUGGUUCCAUUAUUGAAAAGGGUAUCUCUGACUCUCACGGCAACAACAUCAUCACUACUCCUCCUUCCUUCUUUCCCAAACCCGCUGGUCUUCCUUUCCCUGUUGCACGACACCGUUCCCAUGGCCCUUAUUGGCAUCCAUUAAGUAAUAAAGGGGGUGCUCGUGGCAACGACGAUGAUGACAGUGACAAUGAUGUUGAGGAUAAAGAAGAUAAAGGUUUCAAGGAGUUUGAAAAAGUUUCAGCCUUUGCCAAUCCAGUACAAAAGAGGAAGAAAAAAGAUUUGGAUUUUAAAAAGUGGAAAGAGAUUACUCAAGACAAUUAUUGUUCCUUGGGGAAGGAAUCAGAUGAUAUGAUUAAUACAGGGAAAAAGAAAAAUGAAAAAGGCAGUAAGAAUGCAGACAUGAAAACGUCACCUACUGAUGGUGUUGCCCUUGCUUCUAUGGAAGUAGACACUAAACCACAAUUAAAUAACUAUGAUAGAGGGUUUCUUAACUCAGCCAGUGCCAUGGAGAUAGAUACAUCAAAUAAGGCAGAUCCUCAGGAAAAACACAAAUAUGCCACAAUUUAUGACAGCAACGAAGUGGAUGAAUUGAUGCCUGAACGGGAUCAAAUUUCUAAUGAUGAAAAGCCUGAUCACAGUUUUGGAUCUCUAGAUGUGUUAAGAGGAGAGAAAAAUAAUUUGACUUCAAACAUGGUUUCUUCUUCCGGUUCUAGCACCUUUAGAAGGAAACAAGGUUCCAUGGCUCUGGAGGAUGAAAUUGAUGCUGAGAAUCGGGCUCGGAUAAUGCAAAUGUCACCUGAGGAGAUUGCUGAAGCCCAGGCUGAAAUAAUGGAGAAGAUAAACCCUUCGUUACUCAAAGUGCUGCAGAAAAGGGGGCAGGAAAAGGUUAAGGAACAAGAUAGUUUAACAUCAGAAGUGGGUAACGGCAAUGCAUCUAUGAAUCAAGAUGUUCAUAGUAAUCAAGAUGCAAAACGUCUGCAUACAGAGGACAACAUCUCCCAUAUGUUGAUGACACCACCUUCAGAAAAUAAGCUAGAUGAUGAGAAAAUUAGGGAAAUCACUAUGACAACUGCUAGUGGCAGCUCAUGGAAUGCUUGGAGCAAUAGAGUUGAGGCUGUUAGGGAGUUAAGAUUUUCCUUGGCUGGGGAUCCUGUUCAUUCUGAUUGGGCAUCUCCUUAUGACAAUGUCUCUGAACGUGACUAUCUGCGGACCGAGGGAGAUCCUGGUGCAGCUGGUUACACAAUCAAAGAAGCAGUGGCACUCACAAGAAGUGUGGUUCCUGGACAAAGGUCACUUGCAUUGCAUCUCCUUUCAUCUGUUCUUGAUAAGGCAUUGCAAUAUAUUUGUAAGGACAGAACAGUACAGAUCUCGAAAAGUGAAGAUGAAGUUGACAAAUCAGUUGACUGGGAGGCUGUUUGGGCUUUCGCACUUGGUCCAGAACCUGAGCUGGUGUUGGCACUCAGGAUGUGCCUUGAUGAUAACCACAAUUCUGUAGUUCUGGCUUGUGUGAAGGUUAUUCAAAGUGUGUUGAGUUGUGAUGUGAAUGACAACUACUUCAAUAUAUCAGAGAUUGCAAUCUGUGACAAGGAUAUCUGCACUGCUCCAGUUUUUAGGAACAGACCAGAUAUUGAUCUUGGAUUUCUUCACGGGGGUUUUUGGAAGUACAGUACAAAACCCUCAAACAUUCUUCCUAUCAGUGAGGAUCACAUGGAUGAUGAGUCCGAAGGAAAACAUACGAUUCAGGAUGAUGUUGUGGUUGCUGGACAAGAUUUUACUGCAGGUCUAGUACGCAUGGGAAUCCUUCCCAGACUUCGUUAUCUUUUAGAGACAGAUCCUACAACAACUUUGGAAGAAUGCAUUAUUUCUAUACUGAUUGCCAUAGUGAGACAUUCACCAUCAUGUGCUAAUGCAGUCUUGAACUGUGAAAGGCUUAUUCAGACAAUUGUGAAACGAUUUACUGUGAACAAUUUAGAAAUCCGGUGGUCUAUGAUAAAAUCUGUAAACCUAAUGAAGGUCUUAGCUUGGUUGGAUCAGACAACUUGUGUAGAGUUUAUAAGGAAUGGGUAUUUUCAGACUCUGACAUGGAAUUUAUACCAAAAUCCUUCCUCCAUUGACCACUGGCUGAAUAUGGGGAAGGAAAAAUGCAAACUUGGGUCAGCCUUGAUUGUUGAACAAUUACGUUUCUGGAAGGUCUGCAUUCGAUAUGGAUAUUAUGUAUCUUACUUCUCAGAAAUGUUCCCUGCCCUAUGUUUUUGGUUAAAUCCACCUUCCUUCGAAAAACUUGUUGAUGAAGAUGUUCUGUAUGAAUAUGCUUCCAUCUCAAGGGAGGCAUACCUUGUUCUAGAGUCUUUAGCUGGAAGACUUCCAAAUUUAUUUUCACAGCAGUCCCAAAACAAUCAGAUUCCUGAGUCUGCUGGUAACACGGAGGUGUGGUCUUGGAGGUAUGUUGGUCCAAUGGUUGACUUAGCAGUGAAGUGGAUUGCAACCAGAAGUGACCCAGAGGUAUGUAAUUUGUUUAAAAGACAGAAUGAAGGGAGAUUUGACGUGACUUCCCUUGGAUUGUCUGUGACAUCCUUGUUGUUUGUGUAUGCUGCUGUGACUCACAUGCUCUUCAGAGUGCUUGAAAAGGUGACAAUGGGUGAUACUAUUAGCCCACAGAAAACUGAGAGGCAUGUACCGUGGCUUCCAGACUUUGUCCCGAAGAUUGGACUUGAGUUGAUUAUAUAUUGGCUUUCGGGCUUUUCAGGUUACUUUGGGACAGAAUACGGUCUUCCCAACUCCGGUGAAUCUUUUAUGAAGGAACUAGUUAAUUUGAGACUGAAGGGUGGUGUUGAAAUGUCUUUAGCUUCCACCUGUUGUCUGAAUGGAAUGGUCAAUGUUAUUGCUGCUAUUGAUAAACUAAUACAGUCUGCCAAGAGUGUUACUUCUACUCUCCCAAGCCAAGUACAAAAUCUCUCAAAAGAAGGGAAAGUGCUUGAGGAUGGCAUACUUAGAUCGUGUUGGGUUGAAUUAAGGUCUGUGCUUAGUGUUUUGACAAGUUCGGUUGAUUCUGGGUGGUGCUACAUGCAGGCGAUUGAGAUAUUUGGAAGAGGGGGACCAGCUCCAGGAGUGGGCAUUGGCUGGGGUGCCCCUCAUGGAGGGUUUUGGUCAAAAUCAGUUUUAUUAAUGCAACUAGAUGCUAGAUUUCUAAUCUGUUUGCUGCAGACUCUUCAAAAUGCAUCUAAAGAUGUAUCUGUAAUUGAAGAAAAGACAUUGUCCAUUCAAAAGAUUAACACUCUGUUGCGAUUGUGUUUAACUGCUGGACCAAGGGAGAAGUGUGUUGUAAAUAAGGCAUUGGAUCUCUUAUUUGAUGUUUCUGCAUUGAAAUACCUUGAUCAUUGCACACAGAACUUUCUCCUUGACACGAGGGGUAAAACCUUUGGGUGGAAACAUGAAGAGGAAGAUUACAUGCACUUCAGUAGAAUCUUAUCGUCUCAUUUCAGGAGCAGAUGGUUAUCUGAAAAGGUGAAGUCCAAGUCUAUAAAUGGCAGUGGUUCCUCCAGCACUAAGAGUUCUCUGAAGGGUAGUGCUCGGUUGGACACUAUAUUUGAGGACUCUGACAUGUCACUCGGUACGAGCCCGUCGUGUAAUUCUUUAAUGGUAGAAUGGGCUCACCAGAAACUACCACUUCCACUCCACUUUUACCUUAGUCCAAUCUCCACGAUUUCCCGUAGCAAGCAAUCUGGUCCCCAAAAAGUUGAUGGCUCGGAUAGCAUACAUGGUCUGUCUAAUUUGCUCGAAGUUGCCAGGUCUGGACUUUUCUUUAUUUUUGGCAUUGAAGCAAUGUCCAAUUUCCAAGGUCAUGACAUUCCUUCUCCUAUUCAGCAUGUAUCAUUGACGUGGAAGUUACAUUCCUUAUCUGUCAAUUUCCUUGUUGGAAUGGAAAUACUUGAACAAGAGCAGAGCAGGGAAACUUUUGAAGCUUUACAGGAUCUUUAUGGCAUGCUUCUUGAUAAGGCAAGGUUAAACAAAAAUGAAGAAACUAUCUCAGAUGAUAAAAACCAUCUUGAGUUUCUGAAAUUCCAAUCCGAGAUUCAUGAAAGUUACUCGGUAUUUAUUGAAGAACUUGUAGAGCAGUUUUCAGCUAUAUCUUAUGGUGAUCUGAUUUUCAGCCGGCAAGUUUCUCUCUAUCUUCAUCGUUGUGUUGAACCUUCGAUUCGACUUGCUGCCUGGAGUGCACUAUCUAAUGCUCGUGUUCUUGAGCUUUUACCACCACUGGAGAAGUGCUUUUCUGGGUCUGAAGGAUACCUUGAACCGAUUGAGGAUAAUGAAGGGAUUUUGGAAGCUUAUACCAAGUCAUGGGCUUCUGAUGCUCUUGACAGGGCUGCAAUUCGAGGAUCAAUUGCGUAUACUCUGGUUGUCCAUCAUCUUUCCUCCUUCAUAUUUAAUCCUUGUCUCACAGAUAAAUUGUUGUUGCGGAACAGAGUUAUUAGGUCGCUCCUGCGAGAUUAUGCUGGGAAACAGCGACACGAGGGAAUGUUGCUCAACCUCAUCCACUAUAACAAGAUGGCACCGAGAUCUUACACAGGAUUAGAGUUUAGGAUAAAAAUUUUAGUUGAAGCUUGUGAGGGAAAUUCUUCACUUUUGAAAGUAGUAGAGAAGUUAAAGGCUGUUGUGGAGAAGACUUCAUUGUGAAAUCAUCAAUUAUACUCCGAGACUUGUAAAUAUUCAACAUAUACUAAAAGCAGGUGCGACAGAAGGACCAUACACGAACAUUACUCGACGAGAAUGGUGUGCUUGGCCAAAUAGAACAUGGUGGGCAGGUGGCACUAACAUUUGUUUUCAUUGUUGGAAUGGAGGCUUCUAGUUUGUCUAGCAAGAUUCUAGGGAUGCAAAGUCCAUGGGGCGUGCAAUGAAGUUGUACAUAAAAAAGUACCGGAGUAUACUUUUGAUGAAAUUGUCAAAAAGAUUCUUGGUAUGCAGCUUUUGUUACUUUUGUGCAAGAGGGAGAUAGAUAGAUGACCAUGAAUAUUAGUGGAAUUUGUGGUUUUUAUUUUAAAGUUUAUUUACAGAACAAGAAAAUACGAGAAACUUGGAAAAGUAAAGUUUUGAUAAUGUGACAGCAACUAUACGAAAACUUGUAAGCAGAUUUUUUAAAAUUAUUUUUUAGAGUAAAGUAUUAUUUUGGUCCCUAAUGUUUG